AUGAAGAGGAGAAAGAUCAGCAGGCCAUCAGACUUCAAAAUCCCUGUUGAUGUAGUCUUCGAUGUGCUCAAAAGACUUCCAGCAAAGUCGCUCAUGCGAUUCAAAGCGGUCUCUAAGGCAUGGCAUUGCCUAAUCUGCGAUCCCUACUUUGCAGAAUCUCACCAGAAGAAAAUUCUGCAGCCUCACGUCCUCAAUCUCACCACAGGGGAGAAGAUGGCUCUUCCAUGGACACCGUUGAGCGCUGUAAACAGAUACGAAACUGUUAGCCGUUCUUAUGCCAUGGGUUUUGAUCCAUCUACCAAGAAAUAUGUAGUCAUCUUCAUACUUAAAAAUAAAGAAAAUUUAAAUAAGGAGUGUAGGAUCCUUGCCUUGGGAGCCCCAUCAUGGAGGAAAAUACACGAGUUACCAAUUUGGGGACUUUCUCAAAGGAAUAUAUACGCUAAUGGAACCAUAUAUUGGAUGGAUGAAUUAGCCAUGAAUGGUAGAAAAGGUAUUCACUGUUUCAGUGUUGCUGGGGAGAAAUUUGAAGUACUUUUUGGACCUGAAGGUGUCAAAAGCACAGGGCAAUUAGCACAAGUUAGAGGGUGUUUGGCUUUUUUAUGCCUGAAAGAUGCUUCUUCAGGAAUGUGUGACCUCUGGAGAAUGGACAGGAAUAAGAACAAAGUCUGGACCAAGACCACAAUUCAAAUCAAAUUGUGGGACUCUCCUCCUGUUAUGCUUGAAAUUAAAAUUAUUGGCUCCACAAAAAGAGGUGAAAUCUUAAUUACAGUUGGUAGCAAGUGGUCACCUAGGAGCAAAUUAAUUGUUUAUGAUUUGGAAACUGGAAAAUUUAGGACUACUUGGAUCACCUGUCCAUCGCAUCCUAAGGGCAAAGUUUGA